ACCCAAAAUGAUUUCCUUCAAGAUUACUUGCCUUGGCGCACUGAAUAUCUUUCAGUGUUAUUGGAGUUAGAGCAGCUGGUCAACGAUGGGAAAUGCAAAGAUUGUGGAGAAGGAGAGGGGUUGAUCCAGUGUUUGUCUUGCUCAGGAACACAUGCUUGGUGUCCUUCUUGUGUUGUUAAAGCUCAUCAACACAACCCCUUCCACAACCUUCAACUCUGGAAUGGCAGGUUCUACGAGACUACUACCCUGCAGGCUCAAGGGUAUACAAUGUAUCUUGGCCAUGGGGGGGAACCAUGCCCCAAUAUCUCACAUCAGCCAGACCCAUCUCCCUGGGAAGAUCUUGGGGCCAUGAAAGAUGUGUUUGCACAGGAGGAGGGGGAUACAAUUAAUGACAUGCAGUUAGGAGUAUCUAACCUAGUCAUUGUGCACUCUACUGGUGUUUACUCACACAGUGUAUCAUGGUGCCAGUGUUCUGGAGCUGAGAAGGCCCAGCAUCUCCAUCUCAUGAAAGCAAGGUUAUUUCCUGCCAGUAUCACUCGCCCUCAAUCUGCUUUCACAUUCGAUGUCCUGGAUAACUUCCUCAUAGACACUUUGGAGUGCAAGACUUCAGCCAUGAGUUUCUAUCAAAAGCUCCAUCAGUUCACAAACAAUGCAUUCCCUGAUAAAAUACUGGACUGUUACCGUGAACUUAUGCAAGUGUCACAUAUAUGGCGGGAUUUGGUUAAUAAAAAAAGGUUUGGGUUUGGACAUGACAUCAAACGAUCCCCUGGUCCAAGGGAUUUAGCCCUUUAUUGCCCAGCAUGUCCACAACCUGGAAUCAACUUGCCAAUGUCUUGGAGAUAUGACUAUGAAGAGUGGUUAGUUAUGCAAAGAUAUGUGGUCGAUGGAAAUUUCACAGCACAACAUAUGAAAAUGAAAAUUCCGGAAGAUGAUGUUUCUCUAGCAGAUGGAAAGGGAUACAUGGUAACAGAGGGACCUUAUCAAGCUCACAUUCAUGAUUCUAAAUCCACUUGCAACAAUCAUCAGGCAGUGAAUGAAGCAAACAUCCAAAGAAGCAACCUAAGAGCUACAGGGGUUGGGGCACCAGCAUGUGCUAGGCAUGGAUGCUUUGUUCCUCAUGCAGUGGUAGACUUCCAAAAGGGAGAGUGGCACAUGAACAUGGACUAUUCCAUUUGCAAUACAGUGAAAUAUAUGCCCGAACAUAUUGGCAGUGUGCUCAUCAUCUAUGAUGUUGCAUGUCAGUGGAGUAUUCACUUUGCUGAACGGGUGGACCAGAGCUAUCAUCUGUCCCUUCCUGAGGGGACUGAAAUAUUAUCUGCAAUUGGCAAGUUCCAUUUGAGCACACAUAAGUUUCAAUGCUUUCCUAGGUUCAGCCUGAAUUUUAUAACCAGAGCUGGACAUAUUGAUGGGGAAAUAUUAGAGAUGCUCUGGGCUCCUUUCAACAAGAUUUCCCCCACUGCAAGAUCCAUGUCUUUGGCUCACCGAAAGGAAGUAUUGGAUGACCAUAUGUGGGAUUCCAAUUGGAAGAAGCUGGUUGGCAUUGGCAAGUCCCCUUCAUUCUGGUUUCUGUGA